AUGUCAGUCCAAAAAAUAUCUUCAGAUGGAGUAGACUUUGAUACGACAGAAUAUUUAUACAAAGGAAAAUCUGUUAAAUUCGAUCAAGCUUUCAAAGUGGGAGUCAAGACCCUCAACGACUUAGUAUUCGGUACAUUAUAUAUUAUCAUUCUGAAGAAAUACAGAAACUUUUUAGGCAUCAGUACCAGUACUAAAGUUGCUGGUAUUGCUAUAAGGUUAAAACAUUUGAUAGAGAGCAAAACAGGGGAACAGACCUUUGAUAUUGUUCCAAUCAUUGAUUUGCUGUCUGCAGACUACUACGAUAAAAAUCCCCCAUUUUUAGGCAGGAUUACAAUAAAAUUUAAUAUUGAGUACUUAAAUACUCCGUUGGAGGAAGAGAAGAAUACUAGCUUGACAAAAAAAAUAAUCAAUAAAAUAUUUAGUGCAGAGAUUACAGAGUCGUUUGAGGCCAUUAACGACAUCUCGUCGUUUCUCUCAAAUGGAAGCACAGUGUGUAAUCUCAAAAGCGUAGCUGGCAUGUUUAUCAUCGAUGGACUUCUUAUUAGGAAGAUGGAAUGCUACGAAGAAAACCAUUUGGGCAUGAACGGAUGUUCAAAGAACAAUUGUCUGAAGAGCUAUACGACAAUAUCUGGGGACGAAUCAAAAUCAGCAAUCAAGUGUAUCAACUAUUGUCUUGCUGCAUACUUGGACUCUAAAGUCUGGCUUCUUCUCAUUAAGCCUGACUUGAAACGUCCAAAUAUUAAAGACAGAAAACUACGAGUGGCUCUUGAAAGACUCAAAAUACCCGAAGAAAAGUUUAUAAAAUACCACGAAGGAAGUCAUAAGCUUGUUGGAUUCAUUGUUUUUAUAGAUGACGAUACUCUUGUUGUCAGUUUUCGGGGUACAUUGUCUCAUAACGAUAUUAUAAAUGAUCUAGAUGCGUGCUAUACGCAGUUUUUUAAUGGAUAUGCCCAUUCUGGAAUACUGAAACUAGCAAACAUGUUUGUUGAUGUAGAGCUAGGCAAUAUCAAGCAAAUCAUCACUGAAAAUAAACUCAAGAAGGUGCUGUUUACUGGACACUCAUUGGGAGGAGCUGUGGCUACUGUAAUACACUUGAUUGUCACCAAAAACAACUUUAUUACAGCAUGCGAAAUUAAAACGGCUGCCUUUGCAUCACCCCCGACUGUUUCAGAAUCUUUUUUAGAUCAAAAAAUUGAAAACCUCAUAACAUACAAUUACGGUAAUGAUAUUAUACCGAGACUUUCAUUGGGGUCACUCCUGGAUUUCAAGUUUCUUUGUCUUUCGGUUGCCAAUAUAUUUACUGUUUUUUCAAAAUCUGAGAGAUCAAUAGAAAAAGUAGUUGAAGUUCACAGAUAUUUGAAAGAAUCAGACUUGUAUCCAAAGCUGUAUCAUCCCGGGACUGUAUAUCAUAUCAAGGCUGAAUACAAAGAUAAUAAAACCACCUAUGGGUUUAAAAAGGUCGAUCCGAAAUUUUUUGCAAAUCUAAUAAUAUACAAAGACUAUCCAGCAGACCACAUUCUAAAAAGGCAUAUUUCUGCAUUCAACUUCUGUGUUGAAAAUGAUGAAAACUCAUCUGCAGUGGCCAAAUAG